CAAAUCCUCCCGAGUUUGGAGGAGAUAAGCUAGCAAAAGUCGUCUUCAUGGUUGUGGAAUCCAUCUUCAGGUCUGUAGCAAUGUCGCGGGAUAUGGAGCGUCACCACUACACGAGGGUCUUUGAGAUUCUAGAUAGGGAGAUAAAACCCUGGCUCAGGUAUUUGGAUGCCAAUGCACAGGACAAGUUUCUCACGCAGGUCUUGUCAGAUAUGGGAAAGUGUGCUCUCUCCAUAAUUAGAGAAGCAGAUCUGCUCAAUGAAAUUUAUGUGCAUUCUUUCUGCAUCUCUGCACUGAAGAAAUAUUCUGUAUUCCCGUUGCCAAAAUGUCAUUUUUAUAAGUUCUCCCGCCAGGUGCUUUCUUUACUGUUUCUGUCCAAGGAGACAAAAACAUUACCAACCGUUAAAAUUGGGAUGUCUGUGUUGAAAACUGUGGCAUGUGAAUUCCAGGUAUGUGCAAAAAAGUCUCUUGUCCUAGAUUAG